AUGGCUACCCCUAGUGUCCUCGCUUUUGACGCUGAGGGUCGGGCCAUUGACUUUGACGUGUGGCUAGAUGACCUGCAGCUUUUCCUACAGUGCGAUAGGGCAGACGGUCUCUCCCUCUUUGACCUCACUUCUAGUGCAUCUCCUGACCCUGCUGCUGAUGUUGACGCCACUGUUCGCUCACAGUGGGCCACACGCGAUGCUGCUACUCGUCUUGCUGUGCGUCGCCACCUGCCUACCUCUGAGCGUGCGCACUUUAGCAAGUACAAGACUGCGCAGACCCUGUACGACGCUGUAGUUGCACGCUACUCCUCCCCUGCCACUGCUGCACUGAGCCGCCUCAUGCUACCGUACCUCUUCCCUGACCUUGCUGCCUUUCCCACAGUCGCUGAUCUCAUUACGCACCUCCGCACUAGUGACACUCGCUACCGUGCUGCGCUUCCUGCUGAGGACCACUUCCUCUCAGUUUGCCCCACCACUCUCACCGUUGAACUCCUCGAGAAGGCCCUCCUAGCGGCAGACAAGAGCAUAGUCGCUGUAGGAGCCUCUCGUGGUGACCCUCGCACCCCCGUCUUUGAGGGGUGUUCCCCCUCCCCCCUUUUGCCCUCUAUUGCCUCUGCUGCUGCGGCUGACCUCGUUGGUUUCGAGUCGGUCGGCGCUGCGUCUACCUCGAGCGGGAGACGCCGCACCGGCAAGGGCAAGGGGGGCAAGGGCGCUGGAGGGGCUGGCGGGGUUGGCGGAGGUGGCGGUGGCGGCAGUGGAGGGGGUGGGGGUGGUGGUGGGAGUGGUGGCGGGGGUGGAAGUGUCGGCGGCUGCAGUGGAGGCGGAGGCGGCGGUGGUGGUGGGGGCGGAGGUGGCGGCGGAGGAGGAGGCGGCGGCAGAGGAGGCGGAGCUGGUCGGGGUGGCGCUGCGCAGAGGGUCGGCUCCGGUGGUGGUCAGCGCCAGCAGCAGCAGCGCACUCGUGCCAUCCCCCCCCCCUCAGCAGGUCCGGCGGGAGUAGCUAUCUUUGACCUUGACUUUGAUGCUAUUCUUGCUGCCAUGUAUACUGUGACUAUUAGUGAUGAGGGUGACUGUUACCGGUGUUUUCCGCUUGACCCGGGCAUUGAGACUGCUGCUCUAGGUACUGGUGAGGCUGCUGCUCUAGGUGCUAGCGAGGCUGUUGCUCUAGGUGCCAAUGCCUCUGCUUCCUCAGGUGCUGGUGAGUCUGCUCUCUCAGGUACCGCGUCGGCUUCAGCCUCCCACACCUUCACCCUUGACUCGGGGGCUUCUCGCUCCUUCUUUCGAGACCGCACCACUCUCACGCCGCUUGGUUGGCCAAUUGCACUCUCUCUGGCAGACCCCUCUGGGGGUCCUGUCCUUGCUCACUUCUCCAUUGUCCUCCCGUGUCCUGCGGCCCCCUCUGGCACCCUGUCUGGUCUUUACCUCCCCUUGUUCUCUACGAAUUUGGUGAGUGGUGCUGACCUACAGGAUGCAGGGUUUCACCAGUUCACUCCUGCGAGUCAGCGGGUGACCCACUGCACGGACACUCAGACACGCCGACACCUGGCCACAUUUACACGUCGGCCGGGGUCGAGCCUGUACACACAGACCACUGCGUCUCCUCCAGUCCCUGCGUCUGGUCAGGUAGCUGCGUCGGGUCAGGUGUUAGCUGCAGCGUCCAGGUCUGGUCUUGAGUGCUCCCCCUGCUCGUGUCGCCUCCUGUCUCACGAGACUCUCCUCUGGCACCACCGCCUUGGUCACCCCUCCUUGCUUCAUCUCCGAAGCAUGGCCUCCCGUGUCCUUGUCUCUGGUCUUCUCCGGUCCCUCCCUCCCCUUCCCCCGGGGCCUGCCCCUGCCUGCGUCCCCUGCAAUGAGGGGCGGCAGCGUGCUGCCCCUCACUCCUCACAGUUUCCUCUGAUAGAGGCCCCGCUGCAGACGCUUCACAUGGACAUGUGGGGCCCAGCCCGCAUCUGUGGACAGGGUCACGAGCGCUACUUCCUGCUGGUGGUUGACGACUACUCGCGUUACACCACAGUCUUCCCCUUGCGCAGCAAGGGUGAUGUCACUGAGGUGCUGAUCGACUGGAUCCGCGCAGCUCGUCUCCAGCUCAGGCAGAGCUUCGGCUCGGACUUUCCUGUUCUGCGUCUGCACUCUGACAGAGGCGGAGAGUUCUCCUCUGGCCUUCUGCGAGCCUACUGUCGUGCACGAGGCAUCCGCCAGACCUUCACGCUUCCGGACUCUCCACAGCAAAAUGGGAUUGCUGAGCGCCGCAUUGGCAUGGUCAUGGACGUCGCCCGUACGUCUACGAUGCAUGCGGCUGCCCCCCAUUUUCUGUGGCCGUUUGCGGUUCGGUACGCGGCGCAUCAGAUCAACCUUCAGCCCGGGGUCUCCAUGCUGGAGACCUCCCCAGCUUUGCUGUCGACUGGGAAGGUUGGCGAUGCGUCUGCGUUCCGUGUCUGGGGAUCUCGGGCGUUUGUUCGCGACUUGUCUGCGGACAAGCUGUCCCCUCGUGCUACUCCUUGCGUCUUCCUUGGCUUCCCCCUUAACGCACCUGGGUGGCAGUUCUACCACCUCACCUCUCGCCGUGUUUUGUCCUCCCAGGACGUCACGUUUGACGAGUCGGUCCCCUACUGCCGUCUCUUCCCCUACCGCACUCCGUCCCUCCCCCCGCCACCGCUCUUCCUUGUGCCAGGUCCCCCCCCGGUAGACCCCCUCCCCCGUCAGGGUCCUACCCCUUCAGGUGUGUCCCAGGUAGACGCAGUCGAGCUUGUUGAGGUUGCUGGUGACUCUGGUGCUGCUGAGGGCGCUGAGCCUGGGGGUGCUGACUCUGGGGGUGCUGAGCGUGUGGGUGCUACGCCUGGGGGUGUUGAGCCUGAGGGUGCUACUACUGGGGGUGCUGAGCCUGGAGGUGCUGAGCCUGGGGGUGCUACGCCUGGGGGUGCUGAGCCUGGGGGUGCUACGACUGGGGGUGCUGAGCCUGGGGGUGCUACGCCUGGAGGUGCUGAGCCUGGGGGUGCGGAGCCUGAGGGAGCUGGGCCUGCUCGUGUCACGUUUGGCGGUACUGUGCCUGGAGGUUCUUCGGGUGCUUCGUCUCGGCGGGAGCCACUCUCUCCACAGGAGCUGGGCGAGUGGUUUGUCCGGCGCUGGAGGCGUGCUGCUGGAGCUGGAGGUUCUUCGGCUACUGAGGGUGCUUGUGUCGCGGGUCCAGGAGGUGCUUGUACUGGGAGUACUGGAGCUGCUGGGCCUGCGGGUACGACUGGAGCUGGAACUGCUGAGGGUGUUGGCGCUGAGGCUACUGCUGUCGGUCCUGGAGGCGGUCCUGCUGGGGGUGCUACUGGUGCUGCUAGAGGUCCUGGAGCUACUGGAGCUGCUGGGGGUGCUGGAGCUGUAGGUGCUGCUGGCACUGGUGCUACCACUGGGGGUACUGGUGCUGUCCCUGCUGUGUCCGAAGUCGCCGCGCGGCCUCGGCCGUACUUCGUUCCGCUCCUUCAGCAGGUUCUUGGUCUUCCGCCUUCUACUGGUCCUCCUCCUCCCUUAGAAUGUCCACAGCCUGUCCCGUCACAGUUACAGUUACAGCCGGCCUCCCCACAGCCUGCUCCUUCUCCCUACACUGGUCCUACUGGAGGUCUUGCUGAGCGUUGUGAGCCUGCGUCUCGCCCUGCGUCGCCUGUCCGUCCUGCUCGCACUAGUGGUCGUGGUUCGCGUCAGCGUCCUCGUCCUGUCCCUGGCACGCACCGGAUGUCUCUGCGUCUGUCCACUGCUCCUCUGCGUGCCCCUUUGCCUUGUCCUCCUGAGUCCUCUCUUCCUGCUCUUGCCGGCCCGGAGUCGGACUCUCUUCUUGCUGAGCUCGUCGACUUUGCUGCUCGCUGUCGUCUAGACUACGCUGCUAGUCUUGUCGCUGAGUCAAGGUUUGUCUGUCCCCCGUCCGUCGGGGGUGAGUGUGCCUUUGGCACGGACGUCCUUGAGGACAGGCAGGAGGAGUUCCAGUGCUUGGCCGCUGCUUCACCUCAUCUCGUGUCUGUACUGCUUACCCCCGAGGGAGACCCGGAUGCACUCGACAUCCCGACUCCGCGCUAUUACGCGGAGGCGAUAGAGGGUCCCUACUCCUCUCAGUGGCAGGCAGCUAUGGACACAGAGAUGGCUUCCUGGAAGUCCACAGGCACCUGCGUUGACGAGGUUCCCGCGCCUCGGGCGAACAUUGUCAGUGGCAUGUGGAUUUUCAGGGUGAAGCGACCGCCGGGUUCUCCGCCUGUCUUCAAGGCGCGUUACGUGGCUCGUAGCUUCAGUCAGCGGCAGGGAGUUGACUACUUUCAGACCUUCUCUCCCACCCCGAAGAUGACCACUCUUCGGGUACUGCUGCACAUAGUUGCUCACCGUGACUACGAGCUGCACUGUCUUGACUUCAGCACUGCUUUCUUGCAGGGCAGCCUGCACGAGGAGAUCUGGCUGCGCCGCCCACGUGGCUUCACUGGGUCUUUUCCUCCUGGCACCCAGUGGAGCCUCCGUCGGCCAGUUUACGGUCUCGGCCAGGCGCCCCGUGAGUGGCACAACACACUGAGGACUACACUUGCGGCUCUUGGGUUUGCUCCCUCUACUGCCGACCCUUCGCUGUUUCUGCGCACCGAAACUUCUUUGCCGCCGUUCUACAUCCUCGUGUACGUCGACAACUUGGUCUUUGCCACAGCUGACACUGCUGGACUCGCCCACGUGAUGUCCGAGCUGCAGAAGAGACACACGUGCACAGACCUGGGUGAACUGCGCAGCUACCUUGGCCUGCAGAUCACCCGGGACAGAGCACGCCGCACCAUUACCCUGACUCAGUCACACAUGGUGCAGCAGGUCCUUCAGCGCUUCGGCUUCACGUACUCCUCGCCUCAGGCCACUCCUCUGCCUACUCGCCACUCGCUCUCAGCUCUGCCUUCGGAUGAGUCUGUAGAGCCGAGUGGCCCGUACCCAGAGCUUACCGGAGCACAUGGGUGCAGCAAAGAGGGUGUUGCGCUACUUGUGCAGUACGUCAGGCAUGGGGCUUGUGCUUGGAGGGCAGAGUCCAGUGGUCCUCACUGA